AUGGGAGCAUAUAACCAGACAUGGGUGCCUGAAUUCAUCCUCCUUGGUCUGUCCAGUGACUGGGACACUCAAGUCUCCCUCUUUGUCCUGUUCCUGCUGAUGUACCUGGUGACAGUAUUGGGAAACUUUCUCAUCGUUCUUCUGAUCAGAUUGGACAGCAGACUCCACACCCCUAUGUAUUUCUUUCUCACCAACCUGUCCCUUGUGGAUGUGUCUUAUGCCACAAGCAUAGUCCCCCAGCUGCUGGCUCACCUUCUUGCAGUUCAUAAAGCCAUUCCAUUCCUGAGCUGUGCAGCCCAGUUAUUUUUCUCUCUGGCCUUAGGUGGGAUUGAGUUUGUUUUAUUGGCAAUGAUGGCCUAUGACCGUUAUGUGGCAGUGUGCCACCCCCUGAGGUACUCUGCCAUCAUGCAAGCAGGAUUGUGCAGUAGGAUGGCUAUUGCAUCUUGGGUCGGUGGCUCCAUCAACUCUGUCAUGCAGACUGGCAUCACCUUCCAGCUGCCCAUGUGCACCAACAAGUACAUCGAUCAUAUUUCCUGUGAGCUCCUCGCUGUGGUCAGGCUGGCCUGUGUGGAUACUUCUUCCAAUGAAGUUGCCAUCAUGGUGUCUAGCAUCAUCCUUCUGAUGACCCCCUUCUGCCUGGUUCUCUUGUCCUACGUCCAGAUCAUCUCCACCAUCCUGAAAAUCCAGUCCACAGAGGGAAGGAAGAAAGCCUUCCAUACCUGUGCCUCUCACCUCACCGUGGUGGUCCUGUGUUAUGGCAUGGCCAUUUUUACCUACAUCCAGCCCCACUCCAGUCCCUCUGUCCUUCAGGAGAAGCUGAUUUCUCUCUUCUAUGCCAUCUUAACACCCAUGCUGAACCCUAUGAUCUAUAGUCUAAGGAAUAAGGAGGUGAAGGGGGCUUGGCAGAAACUAUGGAGACAAUUCUCUGGGUUCACAUCAAAAUUGAAAACUAGAUGA